UUUGAGUUUCCUCGUGUCCCGCAGCCCCCGGAGCCGAGCCGCCGUGCGCAUCGCCCCGCGCAGCCCUUCGCCGUGUUUACAUGUGACGUCACAACUCAACAAGUGCACUACGCGAACUGGACAUGGGAGAUUUACAACUAUUGCUGGCACAGGUAGUCUAUCUGUAGAUUAAUUCUAUUUUGAAAAUAUAGAAAUGAAGUGAAUCAGUGAUUGCAGAAUGGCCUCAUCAAAGCAGGGACUAUAUGUUGUGGUGUGGGAGUGGGAGAACAAGCAGCGACGAUGGAGGCCAUAUCCGCCAGAAGUUACACAGUUGCUGGAGCGAGCCCAUUCAAAGAACUUGCGUUCAGCAUUCUUGGGAGAUUCGGAUCCUGCCCUCAAUAAUUACUCUGUAAACCUUUCAACAAUGCAACAAGAAUGUAAAGUAACAAAGGAAAUUGUAAAUGUGAGAAGGCAUUUUUACCCACAAAGUUCACCUGCUGGUCAAGGGGCUGUUUGGCAGUGGUCAGGAGAUAAGCCUGGAGACUGGCAUAUGUAUGACAUGUGUGUGCAGUGUGUCAUAGAGGAGUCUUGGGGAUCGGGAGCGCAGACAGUGGACUUGAGUAAAGCAUAUCCAAUGUGUCCUUAUGUUAUAAACUUCUGCAAUCUAACACAGAUGAAUAGCCGUACGAAUUUCAUCCGGAGUAUCAGGCGUGUGCAGCAAGCAUCUUAUCCUGUAGGGAAACCUCACGUGACUCCAAAGCAGUCACGCCAAGUUCAAGGAGCAAGUUGUAGUACCAACAAUGCUGCAAGUAACAACUGCGGCAGAGUUAAACCUGGAACAAGUACUGGAGUUGAUAGGCCAAGAAUGAGAGGGAAUCGUGGAGAUGAUGACUUUGCUACAGCAGAUGCUAAACCACGUAAUUUUUUGAACAAGAUGUUUGGACGUGGAAAUAGUGGAAACAGUGGACCAAAUGGCACUACCAAAGGUGGCUCAUUAAGUCCAAAUAAUGACCAUAGUAAUGGUCGAAUUGGAAUGAAUGCAUGGAAUGGCAAUAAUAGUGCCAGUCCUCCAAAGCCCAUGCCUCGAACCACACUAUCAUCACCUGUGGCUAGUAACCCUCCUGUGCCCAAACCCCGAACUAGUGUCCCUUAUUCUAAGCCAGUGCAGCAUCAGCAUUAUCAUCAGCAACAUGAAAAGCACCACCUUCAGCACCAGCAGCAUCAUGAACACCAUCACCAGCAACACCAGCACCAUCCUCAUCAUCACCUUCAUCAUCAGAAUCAGCUCCAAAAACAACUUCAGCAACACCAUCACCAACCCAUGCAACAGCGUCAUUGCCAGCAGUAUCCAGAUGACAGAGAAGAUUGGGUUGAUGUGUCCAGGAUAUUAAGAAAUGAUUCUGGUGUUGGACGAUUUGGUUCUAGCCACACCUUAGACUCUGACUGUAGCUCAAUGCAGAGUGGGAGGCGUCCAAGUUUGGACACCAUAUCUACGUAUUUGUCUCAAGAUUCAUGUAAUGUGGAGGAUGAUGCCAGUCAUAUGACAAGGUUCCAUAAUCACGAUGAAAGCAAAUUUGUACAGGACCUAAUACAAGUUGAUGGAGCUGAAGAGAACAUGGAUGAUGAUGUUUUUGAUGAAGAUAAGGAAGUGUGUGAGGUAAUGAGAGGUGGAGCUGGACAAAUAUCGCCUGCACUGUUGCACUCAUCCUCACCCAUACAUUCCCAUCAUAUGCAUCAUCAACGCCAGAUGUCACACAACCAGGUUCCAUCCCAGCAACAUUGCCAAUUCAUGCCCAUUGCAGCAGCUAAGAAUGGUUCUGAUUUGAACCUGCAACAAAAUGGUGUCAAGCGGAAGCGAACUGGAGAACGAGCCACUCCGGGUCACCCUCGGAUGGAUGACAUUGAUGAUGUAGAAAAUUGCCAGGAUAUUCCCAUCUAUGCUAAUCACACCCAACGUCGACAUAGCCAUCAGAAAGCUCAAUAUGGGUCUAGAGCUCCAAUUGCUGCAGAGGAUCGGUUAUUGGUUCAGUAUACACAGGCAGUAAACUUGCCUCCUGAUGAGACGUGCUCCAUCUGCAUGUGGAGUUUGCAAGAAUCUUCGGGUUAUUCUGAUGAUGAAAGUGAAGGUGCUGGUAAUGCAAUGCACUUAGGAGGUGCAGUGAGAUACAGAGUUGCAAGUCUGAAUUUAUGCGGCCAUUUGUUUCACCAAGCUUGUAUCAGAGAGAUGGCAAAAUCAUCACCAAAUUUCUUAGAAUGUCCCAAUUGUAAGACUCUGCAUGGAGAGAAGCUGGGAAAUCAGCCUGACGGUAAAAUGUCUGUUGCAAUAUUGCAGCGAUCUCUCCCAGGACACUCUGAUUGCAGUACAAUACAGAUUACUUACAACAUCCAAAGUGGGAUACAAGGACCAGAGCAUCCUCAUCCGGGGGUACCUUAUACAGCAUUAGGCUUCCCUCGGAUAGCUUACCUUCCAAAUAAUGCAAAAGGAAAAAAGGUAUUAAGUCUCUUGAGGGAAGCUUGGCAACGACGACUGAUCUUCACAGUAGGAACAUCAGUAACCACAGGCCAAGCAGAUGCAGUCACCUGGAAUGAGAUUCACCACAAAACUGAGUGGAAUAACAGCUCAGGUCAUGGGUAUCCAGACCCUAACUACCUAGACAACAUUCUCCUAGAACUAGCUGCACAUGGUGUUACUGAGACAACACUUGUUUGAAGGAGAGAGCUUGCAAAAGAAAAUAAGAGAAAGAAAAAUGUGUGUUUUGUAUGUGUAAGUAGGUGCACAGUUAACUAUAUCCUGUAAUGUACAGAGAAACACAGGCACAAUGCAUGAGAUUGUAUAACUCCAUUUAGAAGAUAGUCGAUUUUAAACUCUAGUGCUGAAGUAUUUGAAUAUAGAUUUUGAAUAUUUAACAAUAUAUUUUGGAUUAGUAGAGCAUACAGCUAAAGUAUGGGUGAUAAUAUCUUGUUUAUUAAAAAAUCUACUUUGGUCAUUAAAUCAUUGAAACUGUAAAUAAGCUGAUUUUUCAUGGCUUCAGUCUGUGAAGCAACUUUUUCAGUUCUAUCAAAAUCACAUUUUCAAAUUAGUUUUGUUAAGUACAAUAAAUGGUGCUGAUAGCAGUAUGUAUUAAGUGGUAAGAGUUUUUUCUGAAAUUGUAUGGUGAUAUCCUGAAAAUCUAUAGAUUUAAGUGGUUAUUAUUCCAGGUGUCAGAUGAAAAUGACAAAAAACUAUCACACAGUUUGAAAAUGUAGGUGUAGAGAUAUUUAGUGAAUAGUUGUUAUGAGACACUUCCUAUGCAUACCAAAUAUUUUGGGUAGAUUUUACAUAGUUGAUGUAAAAUCCCUGAACCCUAUGGUGUAUAGAAUUGAUUUAGAAGAUUUAUAACUUUUCAGCAUGAAUUACAUAAAUGCAUCCUUUUUAAAGAAUUUUUUUUUUCAUCAAAUCAAUGUCAUAUUUCUAUUAUUACAGUAAUUUAUAUAUUUAAAUAUUGUUGGUGGGGAAAUAGGGACCUCUCUAGGAAAUACUCUGGCUCUCUGUAGGAACUAAAGAGCUAUUGCACCUCAUCAGAGCAUUCACCUAAUGCACCAAAAAUGUGUUUAAAAAGGGCAAACGUGUGUGGAAUUAGUGCCUUGUGUGCAAAAAGUGUAUCUUAAAGGUUCACAUAUAUAUUUUUGAAUAAAAUUGUGCUUUGAUUUGUUGUUUAAGAUAUUAGUUUUUUUUGUGUUUAUUGUUUGUUCUCAACUGGUAUAAAAGCAAUGUAAAAGGUAAUAGAUAUGUUAAAACUAAAUGUGAUUGCAGUUUAUAAAACACUUUUGUUAGAUAUGAGAAAUUGCUUCAAAUAUGAUUAUACUGGAAUUAAAAGAAAUGUUAGGAAUAGUUUAAGAAAAGUUGAUUAAUACUGAAAGACAUGAUUUUAUAUAGGGGAAUUAUAAUGCCAAAUAUUGGUUUGUUUAAGUGAUAAACUUUAUACAUUUAUAUUGUUCUUUAAUGUUAAGUUCUGUUAUAGAGUAUAAUGCAAUGCAUGAUUAUUAUUGCUUACAUGAAUGUUCAUAUAUAAUUGCUUUUAUUUUAAAGUGCACCAGUUUCUAUUGAAAUGUAGAUUUUGGUUCAAUUUUAACUAGUGUGAGUGUGUAAUAAUUUCAGGAUUUUUCCAUGUUAAAACAGGUUUGAUGAAGAAGCAUAUAUGGUCAUGUACAGUGAUGUAACUUGUUUGUAUCAAACAUUUUAUACAAUAUUUGAAUUGAAAGAAUUUAGUUGAUUUUGAAAACACAUUUCUUUAUGAAUCAGAAAGCAGUUGAUUUUUUCAUUGUAAGGGAUUAGUGAUGUGGCAGUGGAAAUUAACUUCCCAAUUCAACAAUUACAGUGUUUAGUUUUUUAUGAGAAUUACAUAUUUUUUUAUGUUAAUUGGAUGUUAACUGUGACUUUCCUUCUUGUUUUUUGAAGUAUGAAAAUAUAUAUUUGUGAAGAUUCCA